AAAAAAAAAAGUUCUAUGACUGGUGCCAAAGUCAAAAUAAAAUUCAUAGGAAACGCGAAGACAACAAAACGGAACAAAAUUUCUGAUCGAAACAACAACAACUGCCGGUUACAAUUUACUAUUGCGUAGCAUUAACUAUAUGCAUAGCUACAAAUACAUACGCAUUUCCUUUUGUUGCCGCGUGUGCCAUUUACUAUGAGAGACAACUAGCUUCUCAAAACUACAAAUGUAAAACAAAAGCAACAACAACAACAACAACAUUGCCAGACAACCAGUGUUAAAAACAAACAGUUCUUUUUGCUUAAAUAACAAGUACGAAACAAAAAGGGAACUCAUCUACUAAAAAAUACUCGUCAGUAAACUAUAGUUAAAAUGUCCGCAAUUAGCAGUCGCAAUCAGAAAAUGGAACAACAGCGCCAGCUGAUGGACGCAUACAUCCGUCAGAAGCGAGCCUCGCCCGGCAUGGUGCAGGCGAGCGAUCUGCAGAUGAACCGCCCAAUGUCUGGGAUGAGGAGCAAUAGUCGGGAGCUGCACGCCUACGAUGGCCCCAUGCAAUUCAUUGGGUCGCCACAGAAUCCCGACCAGAUACUGAGCAACAACAGCAGCAGCAUCACAAUGAACUCGAGUCGCAAUAAUUCGAAUAACAUGCGCAGCCUUAGCACCAUCAAUCAGGAAGACCUCAUCGAGGAGAUCUCAUCGCACGAGCUGGAGGACGAAGAGAGCAGUCCCGUGACUGUUGUUGAGCAACCGAUUGCCCCACAAAGUGCGAACUCGGCGCAUUCGCAGCGAGCACGCAUCGGGCAGCCAUCCUUCAACGAUACUUUGGACGAGGAGGAUUAUGCGAAUCGGAAUAUAUCGGGUGUGGCUGCAGUGCGUCCAGCCGGCAUUGGCUCACCCUACAAAGAGGGUGCAGCCAUGGAGGGCAGCAAUGGGGCAGCCAAUGGCAGUGGCAGUGUCGGCGGCAGCGGUGAAUCCGAGGGCGAUGUCAUCGGUCAAAUCGAUCAGUUUGUCAUGCAACCGGCGCCGCAAGGCGUGCUCUAUAAAUGCCGCAUCACACGCGAUCGCAAAGGUAUGGAUCGUGGUCUGUUUCCCAUCUACUAUCUGCACUUGGAGCGGGACUAUGGCAAAAAGAUAUUUCUGUUGGGUGGUCGCAAGCGCAAGAAGAGCAAAACAUCGAACUAUAUCGUCAGCUGCGAUCCCACCGAUCUAUCACGCAACGCAGAUGGUUUCUGCGGCAAGUUGCGCUCCAAUGUGUUUGGCACAUCUUUCACGGUGUUUGACAGUGGCAACAAGGAGAGCACGGAUAGUCCACGACUCGACCUGGCAGUCAUUAUCUAUGACACUAAUAUUCUGGGCUUUAAGGGACCGCGCAAUAUGACUGUGAUACUGCCGGGCAUGACUGAGGAUGAUCAACGUGUCAAGAUCAGCUCCGCAGAUCCCAAGCAACAAGGCAUUCUCGAUCUGUGGAAGAUGAAGAACAUGGACAAUAUUGUGGAAUUGCAUAACAAGACGCCCGUUUGGAAUGACGAGACCCAAUCCUAUGUUCUCAACUUUCAUGGUCGAGUCACACAGGCAUCGGUGAAGAACUUUCAGCUGGUCCACGACUCCGAUCCCGAAUAUAUUGUCAUGCAGUUUGGUCGCACAUCGGAGGAUGUGUUUACUAUGGACUAUCGCUAUCCACUGUGCGCGAUGCAAGCAUUUGCCAUCGCUCUCAGCAGUUUCGAUGGCAAGAUCGCCUGCGAGUGAGCCCAAUGCCGUUGUCCUUGCUACACGGAUUCCCCACAAUCGUUGCGGAUGCCUUACCUAUACGACAUAAUGCAGUUAAACUAUGCAAAAACCCUAAUUUACACAAUCGUCUAGAGCCCAAGAAUUACAAUGUGUACAGAGGGGCAUAAUUAUUUUUAAAAUCGAAUAUAUUAGGUUCGAGAUAUAUCAGGUAUUAUGGUACUAUCCAUAUGUAUGUGUGUUAGAAAGGCAGAAUAUCUUAACAUAGACUUUCACAAGGAAAUUCUAUAAUGCAGAAAGUCGAUAGAAGAACUAAAUCUCAAUAAUAUUUUCAACAACUGACUUCUCCAAGGAAUUAAUGUUUCGGCACAGAAACUUCACAAUCUUAACAAACUUUAAGCUAUAUCAACUACUUUUCUAAACUAUUUCUGUAAAUUCUUGCUGAUUACUUCAAAAGCUUGAAAAUCAAAUUGAGCAUUAUUUCAAAUGACCUAUUACUUAACAGGUCUCUUAAAACAGCACCUUGAAUAACUAAGUGUUUUUUGUACAAAUACUUAUGGCUUCAUAUUCAAGAGUCUAAACUUUAUUCUUUUUAUUGUUCAACAUACAUACAUACAUGUAUACUUACCACAUACAUAGUCUACAAUUCUAGUCAGUUGAAAUGCUCAUCAUGAUGAAUCUGUUCAUUAAAUGCAUGUGGCAUAGUAGACAAACAAUCAAAUAAAUGCAUAUAUAUUUAUAAAUGUAGUUUUUGUAAAUUAAAAUUUAUUUCAAAAUGUGCUCACCGAUAUUGUAAAUGAAUUAAAAAAAAAUACCAUAAAAUAUUCUUUAUGAUUAGCCACAAAACUCAAAAACAAAUCAAAAAUUACAAAUCAAACAAAUAUCAAUUUCAUAAUUUGAAUACACCACGAAAACGAAAUAUAAUUAGCGUAGGGUAUAAACAACUAUUUAUAUUAAUGUAUGUACUAUAUAAUAAAACAAUUACUAUUAGUCCAUAAGAGAGCAUUACUAUUUGUGCCGAGCUCUUAAUAAAAUUAAGCAAAAUUUCUGAUUUUUGAAAACAAUUAUUUUUCAAACAUGUAUUUAUGUAAGCCUUAUAAAAUGUGUUUAGAAAUUUUCUUAAAACAAAAUAUGAGAAUAAAAUGAAUUUAU